AUGGACGCUGCUUCACAGCACCAGAUCAAGACUCCUGAGGAGGCCGUGGCUCGAAUUGCCUACCUCUCCAGCGAUGUCGUUGUUUCCGUCCAACCCGCCAUUGGCACUGACUCCGAGUUCUCCUCUCACCUGAACCGAUACGCAGGCCGCAAAGACAGCAGCCUGGUUGCUCAGAGUGCUGAUACGGUCCCUCAGAUCAUCCCUGUGCGACACAACACCGAUCCUCUUCUCUCGGUAUACUCUCCCACACGAGCUGGCAAGCUUGUCUCAGUCACCACCACGUCCAACAUCCUCCUCCCCUCCGUCUCACACCUAUAUAAGCUGGCCAACUACCCUGUUGUCCUCCACGUCUCUCUCCAGCCUCGGACGUUCCCCGACUACUCCGUGAUUACCGCCAUCCGUAACUCAGGAUUCACAUUUGUCCAGUCUGAGACUCUCCAGGAGGCUCAGGAUUUGGCGUUGACUGCUCACGCUCUCGCUAUCCGGACCGGCAAGGGUGUUAUUCACUUUUUUGCCCCCUCCACGUCUGCCAAGGACAAGGCCAUCAAUGUUGAGGAUGCUACAGUUGUCCGCGACAUUCUCGAUAUCGAGAGUGUUCGCCGAUUCCAAGCUGGAUCAGCUUCUUCAUCAGAGAACGGCAUCUACGCCGAUGAUGGCCACAUUGCCGUCUCUUCUGACCACGAUGUGCCAGCUGUGAACGGAAGUGCCGAAAACGGCAACCUCACUGUGCCACCAAGCGCCAACGCCUCCAAGGCUCCCUCAGCUGGAACUUCAGUCAAGUCCAGCCAUGACAGCCAGUCCAGCACUCCUGUUGCGCCUUCAUCAGUCGCCACUACCGUCGAGUCUGCGCCUCCUCAGGUCACUUCUGAGGAUAUCUACAAGUCUGCUGGGCGCAUCUGGGCCCAGCUCAAGACAUCUGUUGGCCGAGAGUACAGCGCUUUCGAGUAUUCAGGACCCCCUAAUGCCGAGAACUGCCUUUUCAUCUUCGGCUCUGAUGCUGGUGCUUUUGCUAAAGCAAUUGACGAGGCCCGCCCUGAUGAGGUCUUCGCCAAUACUGCUAUCCUUACUCCUCGCCUUUACCGACCUUGGAUCGGAUCUCGACUUGUCGAUGCCAUUCCUCGAUCGGUUAAGCGUAUUGCCGUGCUUGAGCAGAUCCACCGCAAGACUACCAAGUGGGGCCCCCUCCUCAUUGAUGUAUUGACUUCCGUGAAGAGCGGCCCCGGUGGCGUUGAGGCUAUUGUUGGUCACCAGCUUGGCUACAUCGCCCCUGAGGUGGUUGUCCAGGCCCUGCGCGGUGUCCUACAGAACCUCACUGCCGAGAAGCCUAUCCAGAACCUUGAGGUUGGUAAGAAGGAGGCCUGGAAGGAGCCUACUGGUUACGACCUCCAGACUCCUCAGCUUGAGACCGCUUAUACCAAGAUCAUUGAUCAGCUCUUUGGCAACCGAGCUUACGUUGCCAACGCUAUCAAGUCUUCCACUACUGGUCUUUCCCCCAACGUUUCUGCCAGCCCUGAGUUCGGAUUCGGUUCCCUUCUGGCUCGCAAGCAACGCCGCGGCCAGUUCGUUUCUCAGGUGAAGGAUGCCGCAACUAGCGGUAGCUUCACUACCGAUGCUCCCAAGAGCUGGCUGGCACGAUGGGCUAUGAACGCUGAUGAUGCCUCCAAGUCGACUGAGAUCGCUGACGAUAUCAUUGCCAGACUUGAGACCGAUGGUUCUCCUCUGGCCGCUCAGCUCCUUUCUGCUAAGGGUCUUUUCCGAAAGGAGUCCCUUUGGUUGACUGGUUCCGACGCGUGGUCUUACGAUCUUGGUAACUCUGGUGUUCACCACGUUCUGGCCUCUGGCGAGAACGUCAACAUGCUCAUCAUCGAUUCUACUCCUUACUCGGAGAGGGCCGCUGCUGAUGCUGACCGUCGCAAGAAGGAUAUUGGUCUGUAUGCCAUGAACUUCGGCAACGUAUAUGUUGCUUCUACUGCUGUCUACAGCUCUUAUACUCAGGUGCUCCAGGCUCUUCUUGAGGCUGACAAGUUCGAGGGUCCUUCCGUCGUUCUCGCUUAUCUUCCCUACUUCGGUGAGACAGACUCCCCUCUCACUGUUCUCCAAGAGACCAAGAAGGCUGUCGAUACCGGCUACUGGCCUCUAUAUCGAUGGAACCCCGAGAAUGAGAAGAAGGGUGAGCCUAACUUCUCCCUCGACUCUGAGCUCAUCAAGCAAGAGCUUAAGAAGUUCCUUGACCGCGACAACCAGCUCACUCAGCUUGCUGCCAAGGAGCCCAAGUUCGCUGCUGCCCUUGUCAAGGACUUCGGAAGUGAGGUGCGAGCUCAGCAGAAGAGGAAGGCCAAGGAUGCAUACAACCAGUUGCUCGAGGGUCUUCUAGGCGCUCCUCUCACCAUUCUGUAUGCCUCUGAUAACGGUAAUGCUACCACCCUUGCCAAGCGAUUGGCUAGCCGAGGUCGUGCCCGUGGCUUGAAGACUUCUGUUCUGGCCAUGGAGGACUACCCUCUUGAGGAUCUUCCCACUGAGGAGAAUAUUGUCUUCAUCACUUCCACCGCUGGUCAGGGUGAGUUCCCUCAGAACGGUCUGCCUUUCUGGGAUGCUAUCAAGGACAGCACCGACCUUGAUCUUGCUGCCGUCAACUACUCCAUCUUCGGUCUUGGUGAUAGCCACUACUGGCCUCGCAAGGAGGACAGAAUCUACUACAACAAGCCUGCCAAGGAUCUCGACCGAGUCCUGACUAACCUUGGCGGUAAGCACCUGAUUGACGUUGGUCUUGGUGAUGACCAAGACCCCGACAGUUUCCAGACUGGCUACCAGGAGUGGGAGCCCAAGCUUUGGGCUGCCCUUGGCGUCGACAAGGUCGAUGGCCUUCCUGAGGAGCCCCCGCCGAUCACUAACGAAGACAUCAAGCUGGCUUCCAACUAUCUCCGUGGUACCAUUGUCGAGGGUCUCAACGACCCCUCCACUCUUGCGAUCUCGGCGUCUGACGGACAGCUCACCAAGUUCCACGGAACAUACAUGCAGGAUGACCGUGAUAUCCGAGACGAGCGAAAGGCCCAGGGUCUUGAGCCUGCCUACUCCUUCAUGAUCCGAUGCCGACUGCCUGGUGGUGUCUCAACCCCCAAGCAGUGGGUCCAGAUGGACGACAUUGCCAACGAGCUUGGUAACGAGACCAUGAAGCUCACCACCCGACAGACCUUCCAGUUCCACGGUGUUGUCAAGAGCAAGCUCAAGCCCGCUAUGCAGGCUAUCAACCGAGCUCUCAUGACUACCAUUGCUGCUUGUGGUGACGUGAACCGAAACGUCAUGUGCAGUUCGCUCCCCACCCAGUCCAAGUACCACCGUCAGGUCUUCGCUUGCUCGCAACUCAUCAGCGACCAUCUCCUACCCUCGACUACCGCCUACCACGAGAUCUGGCUGACUGACGAUGACAACAAGAAGACCCAGGUUGCUGGUGACGCCGUCCAGGACUUUGAGCCUCUUUACGGUCCUACCUACCUUCCCCGAAAGUUCAAGAUCACUAUCGCUAUUCCUCCCCAUAACGAUACCGAUGUGUAUGCCCACGACAUUGGUCUGAUUGCUAUCAAGGGUGAGGAUGGCAACCUUGCUGGUUUCAACCUUCUUGCUGGUGGUGGUAUGGGUGCUACCCACAACAACAAGAAGACAUAUCCCCAGACUGGUCGCAUGUUCGGUUUCGUCAAGACCGAGGAUGUGCACAUUGCCUGUGAGAAGAUCAUGCUUGUCCAGCGUGACCACGGUGAUCGUAAGAACCGAAAGCACGCCCGUCUCAAGUACACCAUCGACGACAUGACCGUGCCUGUCUUCCGCAGCAAGGUCGAGGAGCUCUGGGGUAAGAAGUUCGAGCCUGAGCGAGCGUUUGAGUUCAAGAGCAACGUCGAUACCUUCGGCUGGCAGAAGGAUGAGAACGGUCUCAACCACUUCACAUUCUUCAUCGAGAACGGUCGUAUCGAGGAUACCCCUGAAUUCCAGAUGAAGACUGGUCUGCGUGAGAUUGCCAAGUCUCUCAAGGGCGAGUCUGAGUUCCGUCUUACCGGUAACCAACAUCUCAUCCUUAGCAACGUCGCUAAUGAGGACCUCGCCGACGCCAAGGAGCUGAUGAAGAAGUACAAGCUCGACAAUGUUCAGUUCUCUGCCCUCCGUCUCAGCUCUUCCGCCUGUGUCGCUUUCCCCACCUGUGGUCUUGCCAUGGCCGAGUCCGAGCGAUACCUGCCUGUGCUCAUUACCAAGCUCGAGUCUUGCCUUGAGGAGAAUGGUCUUCGCCAGGACUCUAUUGUCAUGCGUAUGACUGGUUGCCCCAACGGUUGUGCUCGUCCCUGGCUGGCGGAGGUUGCUUUCGUCGGUAAGGCGUACGGUGCUUACAACAUGUACCUGGGUGGUGGUUACCACGGACAGCGUCUGAACAAGCUAUAUCGCCAGAGCAUUAAGGAGGAGGAGAUUCUCGCCAUCAUGAAACCCCUCCUCAAGCGAUACGCUCUUGAGAAGAACGACGGCGAGCGCUUUGGUGACUUCUGUGUCCGCUCCGGUGUCAUUGUUGCCACCACCGACGGCCAGAACUUCCACGAUAACGUCGUCGACGAAGAAGAGGAUGAGGAAUAA